UGUCAAAGCGUAUCGAACAGCCGGCUUCUUCGAGACUUCAGUUUGCUGGUGAAAUGGUGUGUUUGUAGUUUCUUUCCUCGCCAUUAUUUGUCAAUAUUGUUUUAAAGUGUGCAAUUGCAAGGCUGAUUCCUGUUUUCCCAGACGUUUUAUCUUGUCAAUAGUGCUAAAGUGUCGCUAUUUUGUCGUUUUCCGCAUACAAUCAAUAAUCAAAACUUCCCAGUAUUGCCGUUUAGUAUUACAAAAUUAAUCGUUUCGUUUUUCGGGGUAACAAUGUUCGUCCAAACCGAGUACAGUAAUAAAUCGAACAAUAAUAACAACGAACUUACGCGAUCGUCGCCGUGUGAACCGACCACUGAAAAUUGUGACGUCAUUUUUAAAGACUUUGACGUGAUAACGCGGUUUUGUAUGCCUAUAUGUUCGCGCGACAACGAAAUUCGAGAAGUGGCGCUGGAUGUAAUUUCUAAAACGGUUGAGAAUUGGCUUGACGGUGUUGGCAGCCCUAAACACUAUCGUUUCGCUGACAGGCGAAGGGUUGUUGCGACGGGUGCUGUAGGAGGAUGCGCUUACGCCGACAUAACAGACAACCUGUUUUCAGAAAUAUCCAUCGAGUACCUCGAUCUCGUUACCCUACAUUUACCCAUCAUACUGAGGCUGUCGCUUAGUUGUCCGUUCGUCAAUGUCAGGGAGAAAUGUGAACAUAUCCUAGAUGUAGUUAAGCGGAGAGGUUUACCUGUCCCCUAUCCACUAAUCCAUGGACCAAGUGCAUAUAUCAACGCAGAUGAGCUUCCACCAUUAGGCAACUUUAACGAAAAG